UGAGGUCGGCUGCGUAUUUCGGGCUGUGACACAUAGUAGAUAUGUUUAUGUCGGCCCCUCUCUUUUCCGCCGACUCGCAAAUCGUCUAUCCUUGUUCAUCCGUGAGCAGUUGUAUCGUUGGUGAACAUCGCCGACCAAAGCCGGGUCCCGGUAAAUCUGUCUGCCACUGUCAGUCGCGCAGUUUCAACGUUAGAAUCUAAAAGUCCAUUCGGUUUCUUGCAACUACUACGCGAUACGGUCUAUCUUCGUGUUAGGAACAGUGUCAUUGAUCCGAUCAGAUUAAUUGCACACCAAAGGAAAUUGAUAUCGCCUGCAUAGUUUUGCAAUGGGCCGAAGCAAAUCCACGGAACCGGAAGAGUCUGCGAUGGGCUUCAAGGACAAGCAGAAGGCCUUGGACACGCUGAAGGCUUUGGAAGGUCGUGAUAUCAGUUAUCAGUACCACGUGAUCUCUAGUUUCGUGAGUCGCUCGAAACGGACGCUGCAGAUCACCAGAGACGAGGAGAAGCUGGCCAAUCUUCGCGAGGCUUUGAAAGUGUUCGAGGAUUGGUUGACUGAUUACAAGGAGAACAAUCGCAGCAAAGAAAACCUUGCUUAUUUGCCAAUCGAGACUAUAAAAGGCUUCAGGAAUCUUGCCAAAGAGUACGAUGUUCUGGAGGAGGAAUUCUACAACGCGUACAAGAAGGAGAAAGGCGAUUACAAAGGUCUGCGUGCUGUUAAAAUUCCAAGCGGAGAGACCACUUGGGACAUCGAAAGGAAUCGAAGGUUGAAGGAGAUCAUCGAUAAGAUCAAACAGAAGCACAUGCAAUGGUACGAGACCGAUGUGGGUCUCUUCCGGGGACUCCCAACCAAGGAACACGUUCAGUGCAUCUUGCUGGGCUAUAGUCCAGAACCGACCAAGUUGAAGAAACUCAUGACCCAGGUGGAAGAAAAAUUUCCAUCUGAGAAUAACGAAGACAUGGAGGUUGAUAAAGAUGACAAGGGUAAAAGCGUGAAAAGAAGAUACAGCAGUUCGUCCAGCAACGAAGAGGAGGAGGACAACGAACCGAAAAAAAAGGUAGCGAAACAUUCAUCUGAAGAAGAGAAGACUGAAAAGGAGGAAAGCGGACUCAGUUUCAAAGAUAAGGAGAAAGCUUUGCUGAGUAUAGAAUCGUUGGAGGGCAGGGACGUAAGUUAUCAGUAUCAUGCGAUCACUGGCCUGGUGAAAAGGGCUGAGCGGGUGAUAUCGUGCACAAAGGACGAGCAAAAGAUCAAGAACAUGAAGGAAGCCGUGGAAGUGUUCGAGAAUUGGAUCACGGAUUAUAACGUGAAUGGCCGAGCUAAGGAGAACUUCAAUUAUUUACCCAUUGACUUGGUGCAAGCCUUCAAGCCGUUGGCCGACAGAUACAAAAUCGAAGACAAUGGAUUUCUUAAAGCGUAUGAGGAAGUGGAGGGAGAUUACAAGAAGCUGAGGAACGUUCAAGUACCAGACUCGAGUGUUACUUGGGACAUAGAAAGGAAUAAGAAUUUACGAAGUCUAGUAGACAGAAUCAAAGAAAAGAAUAUUCAAUGGUUCGAGACAGACGAAGAACUUUGUGGUUUUCCAAGCGAAGAACAUACUCGAUGUAUAAUGUGGGCAUUCAGUCACGACGCUGGCAAACUCAAAAAACUUGUGCCUACCCUGGCUGAAAAGCUAAAAUCUUAAACAAAAUUAUCCUACGAAUACGUAUUAAUAUCCACAACUUAUAUACUUAAGUUACCAUUAUAUGUACAAAACAUUUUAGUUGUAUUUUUGUUCAACGAUACUGAUAAUAAAGAUAAUUUAUUUUCAAUA